AUGAUGGAGCCGCCAUGCAAGAGCGGAUGGGUCCAACUUCAAGCAGCGACGGCCACCGACGUCUCGGUUCUCGGACGCAAGCGCCGGUGGGUGACGCUCGGCGUCGUGCGAGGCCACCCGAUUCUGUACGUCUCGAAAGCGCCGACGUCGGCGCCGGUCGGUGGCCUCCGCCUCGAGGUCGUCACGCACUUGUCUGUUGCCCGCGACGUGUGCCAAAUCGUUCUUGCUUCGCCGGGCGCCGAGCCAGUGACCGUGUCUUUGAGCACGCCGGCAGCCGCCGAAUGGCUCGACGCGCUGCUCUAUGUUCAGUCUUCCAGCAACGCGACACUCCAGAGCGACGCGUCGUACAUGGCCGAGGAGGCCCGUCGCCUCCAGCAGCAGCUCAUCGCCGCCGUCGCCGACCUCGAUCGAGACGCAACGAAGUGGGACAAGUCGACAGUCCACGCCGGUGCCACCAUCGACGUCUCGUUUCACUUGCCACCACACAAAUCAGUGGCAGCUCGGAUUCAAAUGGGCGUCGACUUGGCACCCGACGCAGCCUACGCAGUUCUUAGCAACGCGCUGGACCUCUACGGACCCUUGGGCUACGUCUUUGGCCAUUCCGCCUGCACCUUGCAUGAGAGCCGUACCGACAGCAUUCUUGACGCCGCGUAUCGUAUUCGAGGCACCAAGCCCCGGCGUGCAGUGCUAUUGCAGGCAAAAUGCGCGCCCGUUAUGGCCGUCGCAUCGCUCAACUGGGAAGAGGGUCUCUUGUGGGCCCACGAUGCGACAGCUGCACUCGAUACCUCCAGUGUACGACUCGUCAUGUACCCCUCGGGGUUGGUGGUGCGGCCGGGCGCGACGCCGGAGUCGGCCAUUGCCACGCUCUUCAUUCACGUCGACGUCGGUGGUCUGGCGCAGUCGGUGCUCCGUACCGUAGCAUGGACCACGCCGUCGACGAUGCUGUGUUUGCUCGUCGACGACCUCUGCGCGGUGCUAAGGGCUUGA